UGGCAUAUAUAAUAUGGUUAUAUUGCAUGUCAUAUAUGGCAUAUACUGUUGUAUAUGCCUUAUCCUAAUUGUAAAGUAUCUUACAUAGCCUUAUGCUAUUUUCAAAAACAAACAUUGCAGGCAAUAGGACCCUGAUGUGCUCAAACUGCAGAAGAACAUCCACCAUCAGGAAAAACAAAUUAAAAGUCCUCCCACACCCUAAAGACUGGGAGGAGAGACUUUCAGCUGCAUUCCUCUUCUGUCAAAGUAAACCAGCGACUGGAUUGGCUCUGAACAAGUGAGUGUGGUAAGCAACCCAUCCCAGAAGUGUGUCGUACACGCUGACUGUGAGUUUUCAAUUUGUUUACAACAGCACACUGGAGGGGGUGGGAACAUCAUCAAAACUCAAGCGCUCUGACAGAACAAGGUCCCUGGCUUUGACAGGUUCACAGGGACAUCAUGACGUCCCAGGGGGAACCUCAGGAGGGACUUUCAACCCUGACCAAGGUGACAGGACCCAGCUCCUGGUCCCGGGUCAGUUGCCCCUGCUGUGUCUCCAGCCAUAUAGAACCUCUGGUUCUGAUCCAGCUGGCUGAGAAUGUCCAGCCCAUCACCAAACAGUGGAUCAUGUCCAUGAUAUCUGCACCUGUGAAGGCUGGAGGGGCUCAAUUGUUGGUUCACCCUGGUGAGGACAUGAAAGGGGACAUGAUAGUUGUGGCGGCCCCUCGCUGUACCCUUCUCAGGGUGACUGAAGACCUGGGCCUCUGCAAAACCUACCAGGACGGAAACAUGAUGGCCUUCUCCUUCGAGGACCGGCACAACUUUUGCAACAUUGACAACAUGCAGCAGUUCCUGACGCUGGCCGAGAGGCAGUACAUCGUUAAACAUGAAUUGGAUUCCAUGAGAGCCAUGGAGGACCAGCGUAUCCCAGGAAUCCCAGCACCCAAAGGGAAGUUAAAAGCCAGAGAGAGCAUCUUGCAGAAGCUGGAGAAAGCAGGCGUGAUCCGUAACAUCACUCCUCUUCAUGACCAGAAGCUGCUGUCGGCUCUGGGGAAGCAGUGGUACUCUCACAAGAGUCUGUGGGGACAGCCUUUAGACUCCAUCCACGCUUAUUUUGGUGGCACUAUAGCCUAUUAUUUCAGCUUCCUGGAUUUCUACACUUUGUCAUUAUUUCCUCCAGCCAUCCUAGGCCUCUUCAUCACCUUUUUCCUCCCUAGUGCAAACUUCUCCAAUGGAAAUAAAACUGAGAGCAAGCCAACACUGCUGAAGCAGCACCAUGGCCAGCCUUCAGUCAGCUCCUACAUGGUUCAGGCAGUCUUCAGCAUGCUGUGGUCCACAGUGUUCAUGGAGCUGUGGAAGAGGAGGAGCGCGGCUUUAUCCUAUCACUGGGGCACUUUCAAAUUAGCUGAACAAUUUCAAGAGCCACGACCGGGUUUCCAUGGAGAACUCAGCACCAAUCCGGUCACGGGCAGACUGGAGCCACUGUUUCCUGAAUGGAAGAGGAGGGUUAGGAUAGGUCUGGUGUCAGUGCCCGUGGUUGGGGUGUUUUUGGGUCUAGUGGUCAUGGGGAUGGCAGGUUUCUACUUCUUUGAACGCCUGGUCUCAGGCUGGCACAAAGCAUCUGGUUCACACUUCACAGUAGUCCUGCUGUAUCUUCCUUCUAUAGCCCAUAUUCUCUACACCAAUGUGCUUGGGAAUAUAUAUCGCAAUGUGGCCUUGAAGCUAACAGAAGCAGAAAAUCAUAGGGAGGAAUCAUCUUUUGACUAUCAUCAUACCACCAAAGUCCUUGUGUUCACCUUUUUCAAUAACUUUGCUGUGCUGUUCCACAUUGCCUUCUUCAAGGAGGACUUGCCUCUUCUGCGCAAGAGACUUUCCUCUCUUUUGAUCGUGACCCAAGUGGUGAAUCAGUUCACUGAGGUGGUGGUCCCUUUCCUGGUGGACCGUUUCCUCACAUCUGCAGACAGGAACCUGAAGGAAGAUGAUCCAGAGGUGGACCACCUCCAGGCUCAGGGCAGUCUGCCAGCUUUCCCAGGCCUGUUUGCUGAAUACAUCGAGCUUCUGGUUCAGUUUGGCUACUUGAGUCUUUUCUCUUGUGUCUAUCCUCUAACUGCGCCUCUGUUACUGCUCAACAACCUCACAGAGAUCCGCACAGAUGCCUACAAGCUCUGCAAGCUCUUCAACAAGCCAUUUUCUGCCCCUGUGGCCAACAUGGGCGUUUGGCAGCCGGCAUUUGAGGUUCUGAGUUUCAUCUCGGUCAUGUCUAACUGUUGGCUCCUGCUUCUGUCCCCACAUGUGAAGGAACUCACAGAGGACGCCGGUCUCAGCAGCAGCAAAGUUCUCGUCAUUGCCGUCAUUGUGGAGCAUGUCCUGAUCAUGGUGAAGAUGAUUUUGGCCUUCAUGAUACCUGAUGAACCGGACUGGGUCCGAAUCAAGAGAGAACAAAUUGAGUAUCACUCCAUGCAAGCACUUAAGAAACAGAGGAUCAUGCUCUCUUGUGUGGAUGAUAAACUCCCUUCGAAGGCCUAAAUGGAAAAGUGACCAACGACUAUUUCCAUAGAGACAACCACAAGAAGGGAGGCACUUGGCUAUAAAGCCAUAUUUAGCUUGCCAAUGUACCAUAUGGCUCAGUGUACCAAAGAUAGCUUCUUCAGUUUACAGGGUUUUUAAGCCUUUUAAGAGUUAUUAAUUGUUUGCAUUCAUGUUAUCUUUCUGAAAACUACUGAAAAGAGAUUAUUAAGGUCAAGGAAGAUGAUAUGAUAGUGGGUAAACUCGGAGACAUAUCGUGCUGUAUUAAUGAUUUAAAAAAAAAAGGUUCACCACAAUCACUAUAGAAUAGCUCAUUUAUAUUUUUUCUUGAUUGUUUUGUUUAUUUGCUUUUACUUGAUUUUUUUGUUAAUAUAUUGUGAUGAUUUUAACCUUUGUAUUUUUACAUUUCAUCAAAAGUGACUGUAUUAUUAUGGCUGAGUUUGCUGGUAUAAAUUACUAUACCCAAUGCGUGCUUCACUGAAUAUGUUAUGUGAAAGUUUAGUGAUGUAAGUGGGCUUGACGAAACUGAGAAAACCACAUACAAUAAAUAACCAUACAUGAAGUUCA